AUGGUGGAAAAACUUCACGAAUACCAAGGUCCGAUUGGCAUUUUACAUACCUGGAGAGACUCUUUAAAGGAUAAAUGGGAAGAAUGGAAGGAAAAACGUCCUCGAAAUCUUUUGGAGCUCUUACAGUCAUUUGGUCUAGCUGAACGUCCAGAAAACCAAAAAGAAGACGAAAGUCCAUCCGAAAUUGAUAUGGAACAGUAUUCUCAUAUAUUUAGAAAAAAGACUAGAAGUGAACUAGUACGCAUAUCCGCUGCCGUGAUGGGAAUUGAAUUUUCGUAUGCAGCAGAAACAGCAUUUGUAUCUCCUACGCUAUUAAACAUUGGAGUUGACCAUCAACAUAUGAGUCUUGUAUGGGCUGUAUCUCCUUGCAUUGGAUUUUUCGUUACUCCCAUAUUAGGAUCUUUAAGUGAUAGAUGCACACUUCCGUUGGGUCGACGCAGACCAUUUCUCAUAAUGCUAGCUUGUGGAGUAUUUUUAGGUUUAAUAUUGGUACCAAAUGGUAAAUUAUUGGGGCAUUGGGUAGAAGGCGAUUUAACAGCAGGAAACAAUUUUUGGGCAAUAUUUUUUACGGUACUAGGUACAGUACUGUUAGAUUUCGAUGCGGACGCUUGUCAAAGCCCGGCGAGGGCUUAUCUUUUAGACAUUUGUGUACCAGAGGAUCAUGCUAAAGGUCUAAGCACGUUCACGAUAAUGGCCGGUCUAGGAGGAUGUAUCGGUUAUCUUUUAGGUGGAAUUGAUUGGGACUCAUUAAAAUUCGGAGAAUUGAUGGGAGGCCACGUAAGAGCAGUGUUCACAUUAGUCACUUUUCUGUUUAUUGGUUGCGUCACUUACACUGUAAGCAGUUUUAAAGAGAUGCCACUAAAAAUAUUACAAUCAAAUCAAACAAGAAUAUUGAUUACUGGGGCUGACGAAGAUUUUGAUGUAGAAAAUAAGCUCACUGAAUACGCACCAAAGUCAUAUGGCACUUUAAAAGAUACUGUUGAUGAAAUUGAAAUCGAGAAUAACGAACCACGUCUUAUACCCGAACAUGCGACGUUUGCCCACUACUUGAAGACCAUAGUCGUUAUGCCAAAAUCCAUUAAGUUAUUAUGUCUGACAAAUUUGUUCUGUUGGAUGGCCCACGUUUGCUAUUCGUUAUACUUCACAGAUUAUGUGGGUGAAGCUGUAUUUGGAGGAGAUCCAACAGCUUUAAUAGGAACCGAAAAGAAAAUACUCUACGAACAAGGUGUGCGAUUUGGAUCGAUCGGUAUGGCGAUGUACUCGUUGUCAUGUGCUUGUUAUUCGAGCGUAAUUGAAAAGCUCAUAAAACGAUUAGGGGCCAAACGAGUGUAUGUGGGAGGUCUGCUGUUUUAUUCUACUGGCAUGUUUUUAAUGGCUAUCACACGACACAAGUUCAGCGUGAUAUUUUUCUCCUGGGCGGCCGGUGUAAUGUACUCUACAAUGUUCACAAUGCCGUAUUUGCUAAUCGCUCAUUAUCACUCAACCAACACGUUUGCUGAAAUUGUCAGUGGUCAAGAAUCAGAUGAUCAAAUCAGAGGUUUGGGUACAGAUGUAGCUGUGGUCAGUUCCAUGGUAUUCGUGGCUCAGUUCAUUUUGUCCAUGUGUAUGGGAACAAUUGUCAGUAUAUCCGGGACGACUUCGGCUGUCGUUUACACUGCGUCGUUUUUAGCAUUCUGUGCUUCGAUAGUCGCUACGCAAAUCGUGUAUUUAGAUCUAUAAAAACGAGAACAUCAAAAUCCCAUAAAAAUACGUUAACAUAUUCAAUUUAAAACCAAUAUUUUUCUCACUCAUCACGUAUUUUACUUCAUUUAAAUGUAACUAUAUACCUACCUAAUACUAUCAACAAAAUAAUCAUUUUUAUUCAUUUUAUAUACCACACAUACAUUUAAAGUGAUACAUAAUUACUUCAAUGUAAUAUUAAAAAUCCAUAAAUAAUAUAUUAUUAUAUAUCACAUAUUAUAUU